AUGGGCGAUAUCCGCAGCUCUGAGAGGGACAGCAACGUCAUUGCCCUUGUUGAGGCUAUUCUUGGCCACAAGAUUGAGAGCCAGCCCGGCUCCUCGUCCCAGAGCACUAUGGACGACUACGAGGAUCUCGUUGAAAUGAGCAAGGACCACGACUUUAGCAAGGACGGUCCUCGCCCCGAUUCUCCCCCCAAGAACCCCUGCGUCGGUGCUGUCAACCCCUUCGCCCUUGCUGAGGCUCUCAUUGGCCGCAAGAUUGACCGCCACUCCAUGGCCGCUGCCCAGAUCCUGCAGAACGUCUUGCAGACCGACUACGACGAGCUCUUUGACAUGCGCCACCACUCCGUCCUCUUCGCUGGCAUGAAGCUGAACGAGAAGGAGAGGAAGGCCGAGAUGUACGAUGAGAAGGAAAUGAAGAUCCUCAACGAGCGGGACUUGAUGACCCCCGACUUCUCCGGUGUCCGCCGGCUCGAUGACCUCGAGAAGGUCGGCCUCAAGGACCUCAAGGACACCAGAGUCAAGGUUGCCCGCAUGCAGAACGGCAAGCUUCGCCUGGUUCUCCAUGCCCACGACCUCGGCAAGACCGUCUCCAACCGGGAGGUCACCAUGUCCAUCAACGAGCUCGUCACUCCUUUCAGGCUGCAGAAGGGCCGCUGGCAGCCACCCAACGCCUCGUGGCGCGACAUGUACGACUACUUCUUCCAGAGCGUCAACAAGCGCCUGAUCUCGGACAUCACCAUGUUCCAGAUCGGUGACCGCCGCGAGACCAACCGCCAGUUUGACGACCCUACCCAGGGCUGCUCCAGCAACAGCUGGUUCGUCGCCGCCCUCUUCUCCGUCUUCUGGGCCGACCCCUGCGCCAUCAACCGCGCCACCCGCGUCCACACCCACAGCAACGAGAAGAAGCGCUUCCUGUCCGUCAAGUUCCACGACAAGGGCGGCAAGCAGAACAGCAAGACCGAGACGGUCGACGUCAACUACGAGAUCCCCAUCAACAACUCGGACAACGAGCCCCUCUACUGCCGCUCCAGCGACGGCGCCGACAUCUGGCCCUCGCUGUACGAGAAGGCCUUUGCCAAGUGGAUCACCCAGUCCAACUCGGAGCAGCCCGACAUCACCCAGACGCACUGCGGUGACCCCAUCAAGGCCAUGGCCCAGAUCAACGGCCGCACGCCUCACUACUACAUGUGCGAUAACCACUCCGCCCACACCAUCCUGGGUCUGGUCCGCUCCAACAGCGUCAACAACAAGACCAUCAACCCCAUGACGGCCUACACCUACGCCACCGGCCGGGAGUACCACGGCGCCAACCUCGUUGCCAACCACGCCUACUCCGUCCUGGGCUACUGCGUCAUUGGCGACAAGCAGUACAUUGUCCUCCGCAACCCGUGGGGCGUCACCGAGCCCCAGGGCCUCACCAGCUACACCGGCCUUCUCGGCCGCCUCGAGCCCGAGAUCUGGAACCCCGCCACCCUUCUGGACCACGGCGGUCUCUUCGCUCUCGAGGCCGACUCGUUCAAGAAGAACUUCUCCUGCAUUGGUGUCUCCAAGUAA